AUGGCGAUGGUUGCGUCGAACAUGAGCGGCCACAUACAGAAGCAGCUCACCAGGAGCCUCGAGCGGAUCCUGGAGGAGGCGCACCUGAGCGGCGAGCUCAAGCUGAGCGGUCGUAAGCUCAAAGACUUCCCGAAAGUCGGAAAGGCCGGCGGCGCGGCUAAAUACAAUCUGCAGGACACCGUAAUCGCCGACCUUUCGAAGAAUCGUUUCAGUGAGUUACCGGAGGAAGUCACGGAAUUUUCAUUCCUCGAAAAGCUGCAUCUUUAUCAUAAUGCCAUAAGAAUAAUCCCGGAAACCGUCGUAAUGCUCCAAUCCUUGAACUACCUCGAUCUUAGUCGAAACCAAUUGACGUCGCUACCUCGAGAGAUAUGCAGACUACCCCUUCAGACGUUGCUAGUCGCACACAACAGAUUAGCAUCUUUGCCAGACGAGCUGGGCAGGAUGACAGUAUUGGCAGAACUGGACGCAGGUUGCAACGAAAUCACGAGUCUUCCACCUCGAAUGGGCGACCUUGCGCAACUCCGGUCUCUAGACCUGAGGAGCAACUUGCUAGUGCACCUGCCUAUAGAACUGACGUACCUGAGGCUCGUGAAGCUGGAUAUUAGCGGUAAUCGAAUAUCUGUGCUUCCAAACGAGAUGAGGAAGAUGAAGAGUUUGGUGGAUUUCAAACUGUCCGACAAUCCGCUCACCUCGCCGCCUGCCUCGCUAUGCAUUCGCGGGCGAACGCACAUUUUCAAGUACUUGGAGAGGCAGGCAGCGAAACACGAGAGGGCUAGAGGCGGUCGAACGCGGCGGGCACCUCUGGAUGCGAGAGGUCAUGCGACGUUGGAUAUGAGGUCGCAUCGGCGGCACAACGUCGACAGUGGAUACAGCACAAGCGACGGUGUCGACAAACGUUGGUCUCAAGAAAUCCACAGCGCGGUACACGACGGCGAAGUUCGCAGCUUGUGGCGGCAGGAAUAUUCACCGCUUUCGAUAACGCUACCGCACGAGGUAGGCGUGAACGGAUCUUGUAGUGGCACGUCAACGCCCAGCACGAUUUCACCCGGGGAGCACACGUCCCUGGAGGAUGAGUUGGGCAAGGCAAUGGUAUUGCACGAUCAACUGGAAAAGAGGAGAUUAGAGAGGAGCACUUCGGAGAAUGGGGCAGACAUUAGACGACCAAUGAUCUCCAGCCUGCAUCACACAUCGAUUACGCCACCUGGCCAUCUGGAGUCCACGCAUUUGACGAGUCAGUCGCAGCAGAUAUCAUCCGCACAACAAUCAGUACACCCGCUCCAAACUGCAACGGGCCCCGCUGCAAUGGUGAACGGCGACGAUAAAAGGCCGUUCAAUCACAUACAGACGUACAGGGAGUAUAAAGAAGCUCUGAAGCAACAAAGGGCUAACGAAGGUCUAAGCGUAUAUAGACCUCGCGAGCAAGUGACUCCUCCAGGCAACGAGACGCAAAACGAAACUGACAUGGGCAACAAUAAAGAAACCAUUGCUCUAACUGGCAAGCAAAUUUUCAACGAAGAUAACGCGUUAAAGAGGCCAGUGCAGAAAGUUACUCCGUCGCGAAUAAACUAUCAAAGCACACCAAUCAUCAACGGUAGUAAUAACGAUUACAACAAUAAGAACGGAAAGUAUCUCGAGCAACCUUAUAAAAAGCCUAGCUCGCCAAUUAAAACUUCUAGUAGUAUUCUGUCCACGAAUACAAGUCCAGCGCAUGCGCCCAGACUGGUGAAAACCGCUGUUGGUUACGUUGAAGGCAACAACAGUCCCAGUAGAAACGGCGGCAGUCCAAAAUCCCCGCGAUCCGUCACAUGGAAUAGUAAUGUGCCUGAAAAAUAUUCCUUUACUAUGAGGAGAGAGUUCGAACGUGCCAAAGAAGAGGCUGAUCUCAUUGAACAACUACGAAAUCACAUAGAAACGAGAUUGAAGAUGGCAUUGCCGGAGGAUCUUGCACCAGCGUUAACGGAUGGUGUUGUUCUCUGUCACCUGGCGAAUCACGUUAGACCGCGAUCGGUUGCUAGUAUACAUGUUCCUUCUCCCGCCGUACCUAAACUGACAAUGGCACGAUGCAGGCGUAACGUUGACAACUUCCUCGAGGCGUGUCGGAAGAUUGGCGUUGAUGAGGAGGUGUUAUUGGACGCGGACGCAAUCAUGGACGUGGGUUACAUGGACGCGUACGGGCUGGAGGCUUUGGCGCGUCUCGUCACUGCUCUUCUCCUUGUUCGCGAUGAGAGAAAGAGUGGCACCGAAGAACCGGCCGCAGAUUCACUCCGUACGAUUCAAGACCACGUUCUAUCCGCGAUGCUUUUUGCCACAUUCCUAUCCGCUCUAGUUCUGCUCUAUCUAUUCCCGAUCCCCGAUUAG